CCUCCAAAUUCAACGAAGAAGAAGAAGAAAAUGACGUCGUUUGACAGCGACGUGGAAGUUAGCCAGCGAAAUUAGCUUUUAUUUUUGAAUUGGGGGAUUUUAUUUAUGACUCUGGCUGUAGUUUUUGGCUGAUGCUUGAUUAAAUUAGAUGGUCCAGGCCGCCUCCGGUGGCGUUUGCUGCACGGGCCGCGAUGCGGGAGGAGGAGGCUUCGAGCGUCGCGGACGGUCCGUGCUGGCCGUCGGUGCUGUCGUGUCUGUGGCUGGCCUGCUCCUACGUGGGCAGUUUGUACGUGUGGAGGAGCGAGCUGCCGAGAGAUCACCCUGCUGUCAUUAAAAGGCGGUUCACCAGCGUCUUGAUCGUGUCUGGCUUGUCGCCCAUUAUCGUUUGGGUAUGGAGGGAGUUCACAGGCAUCCAGACUGGUCCGUCACUAUUGGCUCUGAUGGGGAUUCGGAUUGAGGGCGUCAUUCCCGCUGUCAUACUCCCCCUGCUGCUCACUAUGGUUCUGUUUCUGGGCCCCCUGACGCAGCUGGCUAUGGACUGUCCCUGGACUUUCCUGGAUGGGAUACGGGUAGCUUGUGACCCGUGGUUCUGGGUGCUGAGUUUCAGUGACAUGCGCUGGCUGAGGAAUCAGGUGGUGGCACCGCUGACGGAGGAACUGGUAUUCAGGGCCUGUAUGUUACCCAUGCUGGUACCCUGCGCCGGUCCAUCUGUUGCCAUCUUCACCUGCCCCCUCUUCUUUGGAGUGGCCCACUUCCACCAUGUGAUAGAGCUGCUGCGCUUCAGACAGGGGACCGUGUUCGGGAUCUUCCUCUCUGCAGUGUUCCAGUUCUCCUACACAGCUGUGUUUGGGGCAUACACUGCUUUUAUCUUCAUUAGAACAGGUCACCUGAUUGGUCCGGUUCUCUGCCAUUCAUUCUGUAACCACAUGGGUUUCCCUGCCGUCAGUAGCGCCCUGGAGCAUCCACACCGCUUCACCAUCCUCACCUGCUACGUGCUGGGCGUUAUCCUGUUCUUCCUCUUCCUGUUCCCCUUCACUGACCCGUCCUACUACAGCCUACCCACACCAGUUUGUACCCUUGCCACCUCCCCCAGCGACCUCUGCCCUCUCUGAUCUGAGCCUUCGUUGUCCAACACUUGGCUCAAGUCCCCUUUUGUUGACGAAUCUGUUUGUGGCUGUUUAGUUUAAGGUCAGGUCCAGUUUGGACCGAUAGUACCUCCAGCGUGCCAUGUGGGCAGUUGUGGCAAUCAACUUUCCCAUCGGCUGUAUUGUCAGAUUUAUUGACGACCCCAAUACGCGGGUUUAGUGUAGAAGACCAUGUCCUCAAUCUCGUCAGCUUAUGACGAGGUAUCAGAAUGUACCUUUUUGGUGUACGCGGCCUCGUCAGACAUCUUCACGCUGUCAGUGCUACACGUUGAUGCUAGAAAAAGUCACUUCCUGUGGGGUCUCGUGGCUGCAGUGCAUUCUGGGCUACGGAGGCUAAUCUUAAUGUCUGAGAUUCCUCGGUUGGACGUCAAAUAAGACAAACUGCAAAACAAUCGGCUCUUUUUUUUAAACAAUGACUUUUAAGCUGGAGUUUCCAUUUAUUUGAGGACUUUGCUGUUCCAGGAAGUUCUAAUUGAGUAAAUUUAAUUUUAUAUCACUCUGCAUGUUUCAGUGCUAGUAGUUUGUGUUUGUUAGGGAGUUGAUGGGAUUUUCCCAACUUAGGGUUAUGUUGAAGACAUACAACCAUAAUAAUAAUAAUAAUAAAAAAAUACAUAUCCACUGUGGAGGAAAAACAGCUCUUCCUCUACGGGUUUGGGGUUCAGGCUACAAUGAAUGAUUACUACAGUUAUAGUUUCAAAUGGCAGUUAGUCUAUAAAAUGAUGAAAAAUUUCCAUGAUUUUUUUUCCCCAGAGGCCAAGAUGAUGCUUUUAAAUGUUUUUCCAACCAAUAGUCCAAAAAACAAGAUAUUUCCAUUAAAAUAACAUGGAGAAAUCAAGUAAUAACUCACUCGGGAGAAGCUGGGAAUGUUUGGAAUUCUUCAUUGAUAAAUUUUGACAGAUUAUUGACAUAAUUGAUUAUCUGUAGAGAAGAGUUACAGCUCUAAACUGACUUGGCAGCUACAAUAAACUGAGGCAAAGUCCAUGUUAAGAUGGUGAAAUGUGUAAAAAGUCUUUAGCCACACUUUUUAAAAAAGUUUUUCCAUAACUAUCCCCUCCUGCAAGAAAUAAGAAAUGGAUCAAACUCUUCUUCUGCCUUCAAACAUUCAAAUUCUACUUCGUAGCUGGUCAAACAGUGAGGAGAAGCUGAACUGAAGAAGCACCUCUUGUUCCAUGUUCACCUGAUAUUUUAUCAAUUAGAUUUGGAUUAAAAUAAUCAAAUUUUCAAGUAUUCUGAAAAACAUUACUCUCUAAUCUAGUAAUGACUGAGGCCUCCAGGUUUCAGUGUAAGUAUGUUAUAUAUUAUUUGACCAGGAGGUGUCAGUGGUCUCAAAUAAGCUGUUAAAUUGCAUUUGAAGUAAUGAAGCUUUUGGUGAAGCAGUUGGCUGGCAGGCUCGACGAUGCUUCAUCCUGCCACUACUGUUGUUCGCAGCAAAAUAUUCCUUAAUAUGAAAUAUUUGCGCCAAAUUCAAUCUUUUUAGAGCUUUUUAAGUGCACAACUGUAUGCGUUGUGCCUUUGUCCGUUGGAGGAGCAUUAAAAAUUCCAUAAGGCAGAAAACAAAGUUGUCGUUGCGAGAUGAGACAUACAACGGUGUUGUACGGCUUUAAGCUCCUUGUUUAAAAAAAUAGAAAAAAUAGAAAAAUUAAAGGAUUUACCUAUUUUAAACUGCUGAUUAGUGCUUGUCCAAUUUGGAUAACAUAGUGGAGUAUACCCCUGUUGUCUGAACAGCGUUCUGGUAGACAGCUUGUCCAUCCCCACCUGUGAAAAUCUUGUGAUUUUAAUUAAUUGAUCAGCAGUAGUAACAAUGAAAAUUAGACCAACAGUCAUUGGAGGAAAGAAGUGCUUAGUUGACUGUUGCUACCACACACUUGUGUGGAGGUGGAAAUGUAGAUCUUGUCGUUCUGAAGACAAAGACUUGAUGUGAUGUAUUCCUCCGACGAGGAUGUUUGGGCAUUUUCAAUUUGUUACCGUCAUGUUCCGGUUUUCAUCAAUAAUCAAGCUGUGCUUUGCGUUUUAGGUGACCAGUAUUUCCCCUAGAAUUUUUGUUUUCCAGGCCCGACAGUACUCGCUAAAAAGAUACUCAAAUUGUGAGGUGCAUAGAAAUCACAAAUAAUCCCAACUGCAGGAUAAUAGAAAACACAUAUACUUAUUAAAUAACAAUCAGUAUUUUCACUAAAAUCUCUUCAAAAAUCCUUUUUAAGUAACAAUCUCAAUCAAAAGCAACCUUUUUGGUGUAGGUCAGCACACGUCUUAACAUCUGUCCCAUUGGUUAUGUACUUUAUUACCCCCUAGUGACCAACUCCGGUGUAGGUUAUGACCACCCCUUCUUCCAUUCUGACGAGUACAACUUCUCGAUGAUUUUGAUACGUCGUCUCUGAGGACAAUCCUUUGCUGUUGGCAGAAGGACUUUGCGUCAAAGGACUGAAGGCCAUCCAUCCGCUUUCUUCUUCUUGGUUUGUUGCUAGUUUUACUGCAUACCUGGUGAGAGGCAGGUUAUGGUAGAUGUUUCACCAGUCUGUCAUGGUGCUAGAUGAGAACCAUUGGGCCUCACAUUCAGGAUUAUACUUGGUUUAGAACUAGUUUGCCUGAUUGUCUCACUGCGAGGCAACAAUACCUAUAAAGUUUUGGCCACAUGACACAUUUCUUUUUGUAUGAUCCAGCACUCGGGUGCCUCGAUGUUGAGGACCUCAGUGGUUGGAGAAGGCCAAGGGGACACCCAUAUUUCUCCUGGUUGUUGCAGCUAAAUUACUUUUUAUAGGUGGGGAUGGACCAGUUGUCUACCAGGGUAGUUGGCAUCCAGGCCCUGGGUCAGUUCUGUGGUGCGGUGGAUGCAUGGCACCAGUCCAUGCUCCCAGACCGACUGUGCCUACUGUUUGGGCUCGUAGAGGAAACUGUAGUACCACUUCUGAUCAGUAUAUAACAAAAAGGCACAGAAAUGAGAAUUACUGGUGAUUCAGGUAUGACAUUUUUACUCGUUCCACCAGCUAGAAC